AUGUUGCCAGAUUCCUGCACUCCCUCCCGUGUGCGCGAAUGCGCGUCUCCGUGUCCCGGGGCGGCGCGUCGGGGGCGUAGGGUUCGCUACGGAGCUCCCUUUUUUAGGAGUAUGAAACUCGAUCCCGUCUCGCCGGUAGCGUCCGGUAUAAAACAGUAGCGCGAGUUCAGCGGAAGAGACUGUGAGAAUAACAUCAGUGUGAUCGGAGAGUUUGAGAUGAGUCGCAGUUCUCCAAAUGUCCCCGACUUUCAGAAAUAAGCUGACUAACAGACCGCGCGCUCCGUUAUUCCUGCUCGUUUCUAUAGAGAACAUGAUGCGUCCUGGAAGGAUAGACAGAUAAUGAUUGCAUUGCUCGUUUCUAAUCAAUCGAUGAUACUUAGGGGUUUUUUUACGCAUGAGAAGACUAGUGCAUGGACACACCAGCUUUGAACUGAAGUCAUUAAAGCUCACCGAUAUCUAUUUUUGUAUGAAACCAUGAGCUCGUUGUUGUUUGGAGAAGGUUUUUUGGGCGGUGUGGUGAGCGGCGCGCCGUCGGACGCGGUUCCCAGAGCGCUGCGCAACGACCUGGGAUCCAACAUCCAUGUCCUCAAGACCCUCAACCUGAGGUUCCGCUGCUUCCUCGCCAAAGUCCAUGAGCUGGAGAGAAGGAACAAACUUCUGGAGAGCCAGCUGAAGCAAGCCUCCAGUCAGCCGAGGCACCCGGGCUUCACCUUCACGCGUGAAAUCGCUGUCCAGACGGACUCUCUGGAACCCAGACUUCCAGGCAACAUCUGGAGUUUUACGCAUAUUUUGAAACAAGGAGAGCGUGUGAAGACUGUCCAGGCACCCGGGGUCACCUGGACCCAUCCGGACGGCGUCGGGGUUCAAAUCGACACCAUCACCCCAGAACUGAGAGCCUUGUAUAACGUUCUGGCCAAAGUCAAACGGGAGCGGGAUGAGUACAAGAGAAGAUGGGAGGAGGAGCUGUCGAGAAGAGAACAGAUGGAGUCAAUGGUGCAGACGCUGCAGGAGAACGUAAACGAAUCCGAAGCCGUUCAGGACGAGUUGAACGAGAACGUCGAAAGACUGAAAGCUGAACUGGUGGUCUUCAAGAGCCUUAUGAGCGAUGCUGGCGGACGGAGCCACUCUAGAGCUGUAGAAAACCGGAGGAAAAUCCUGGACCUGAAACAAAUGUCCGACCUUGACACCAAGAUUCAGGAGAAAGCCAUGAAGGUGGACAUGGACAUCUGCAGGAGAAUCGACAUCACGGCCAAACUGUGUGACGUGGCCCAGCAGAGGAACUCAGAGGACAUGUCCAAGAUGUUCAACGUCAGUCCAUCCAGAGCGCCAGCAGACAGGACGGCUGUGGUGUGCAAAAAGAAGGAGAAGAAGCCAGUAUCGGAUGAGGAAAGCUCAGAGAUGGAUGCAGAUGCCAGCACUUCGGAGGAGGACGUCCCGUUCAACAUCACAGACGAGAUGAAACGCAUGCUCAACCACCUACAUUGUUCAGAUAACUCAUUUGUUGCUAGGCGGGAGACGUCUGAGAUCGAUGAUGACUGUGACAGUUUGACGUGGGAGGAGUGUGAUGAUACGCUGCUGCUAUGGGAGGAUUUCACCAACUACAACAUGCCCUACAGCCUCACCAACAACACACCGGACUCCAACGGAGACACACAACACAAGGAUUGCAGUCUGGGAAAUCUCAUCGAUGAGACCGAGUCUCUUUUCAAGACCAGAGAGCAGGAAUAUCAGAAGACAAUCGGACAAAUUGAGAUGGAGUUGGCCACGGCUAAGAGUGACAUGAACAGACAUCUGCAUGAGUACAUGGAGAUGUGCAGCAUGAAACGAGGGCUGGACGUGCAGAUGGAGACGUGCAGGAGAAUGAUCAAGGGUGGCAGAAAUUCUCUUUCCAUCAGCUCAUCUGCGAGCAGCGACUCAGGGAACACUGACGAGAUACAAGAUGAGUCGGACAAGGACGGAGAGAUGGAGGGGCCAAUCAGCUGAUACCUGCCCAGUCUGGCCCCGCCUUCUUCCCCCCACCGAGCUCCAAUCAGCUCUCGGGCCUCCCAGCAAUCGGCCAAUGGCAUUACACUGAGGGACAGAGCCCACUCCCACAAACCCCAAAUCCUGUAGGUGCUUUAACGUCUCCGUGUCAGAGUGGGGCGGAGUUGAUGAGGGUUGUUUCUGUGCUUCAAAAUCAAUAUUGAUGCGUCACACGGUGCCACAGCUGUCACGGGACAGCCUAACUACGAAUCAGAUCAAUCCCAGCUAAAAUACAUAACACAAUACACUUGAUCAAACCCCAAAUCUCGAUAAGAAACCGGAAAACGUUCACACAGUGUGAGUGAUACACAAGACUGAAAGCCAAUCAGACCAAAACGGACUGAACUCACAGCGAUCGAACACAUCAGAAUGAGUUCCUUAAUAUUUGUGGCUUUUUAUUUUUCUAAAAACUAUUUCAGAAAUCAACAGUUUACUGCAGCAACGUUUUGGCCUUUAAGCCCCGAACCCAGUUGGUGAAUGUGGAAAAAGCUCAUGUUCUAUGCAAUCUGCCUUAUUUUGUGAUCUGUGUUUUCCCAGCUAACAAAAAUACACUCUUAAGAAUGUUUUGCUAAUGUUCCCAGUUGGUUCUGAAAGUGUUAUUUCUAAACAAAUCAAAAUGUCCAGUUUUCCACAAAAUGUUUUAACCCUCUGGUGCUCUUCAGCCAUUUUUCACCCACAUAUUAUGUUUUUUUAUAUAUAAUUUUUUACUUCAUCAGAAUGGAAUGAAUCUUGGGAAAGGUUUUGGCACUUGCUAUGUGAAAAAAAUAAAAUUAAAUAUGGAAAUGAUUCAAAAAGCUUAAAUGGUUGUGAAAAAAAUAGUCCCACUUGUACUUUUUGCGGUCAAAAAUGUCGGCAUUGGAAAUGAAUGGGAAGCGAAUUUCAUCUAGUGGAAAUGUUUGGUACUGCGCUCAAAGAAAUUCUUACUGAAAGCUCUCUUAUUUUUUGUGAUAUCAACUUCAAAAAUGGAACACAACUUGUUUACAAUUAUGGUUUUAAUUAUAUUGCAGUUUAAAAGUAAAACAUGUUUUGGAAAAUAUUUAUUGUAACAAUAAAGUUAAACGUCUAUAAUUUUUCUUAAAGUUUAUUUUUUUUUCACUUCAACAAUAAUCUGCGGAGUGCCUUCUUUUAGAAAGAGACCAAACUUUCUGUUCCAAAGCGUUCAAGAUUUACGACAGUUUAAGCUGGAAAUGUUAUUUUUAGGUCUGUGGUCAAAACUGGUAAAUAAACACAUAAAUAAAUGGAUUAUAAUUACUGCAUAAAUAUCCCCUAAAAAUACAAAAUAUGAAAUAAAAACAUUAUCGAAUUAAAAUAUAGUACAUUAAUUUAAUUGGAACAAAAAAUAAUAAUAAUUAGAUCAUUUUUGACUGCCCAAAAAGGAGCACCAGAAGGUUAAAACUUUUUAAAACUUUUUUUUUUUUACCUUAUUUUUCUUUUUCCUUUUCUUUUUUUUUCUGGUUAUGCAAACGUUAAAAGAACAUUCCAUUUUCUGAUUUUGCAAACAUUAUGUAAAUGUUACUUUUGAAUGUUCUCGGAACCUUCUGAAACAAGUAGUAACAUUUAAAAAACUGAAACAUUAAAAAAAAAAAAAAAGUUUUGAAAACAUUCUUAAAAACCAGAUAACUUUAAACAAGCAUUCUAUUAACGUUACUGAAAGAACAUGUGUUGAGAACUUUGCCAGAACAUUAGCAAAACGUUCCCUGUUAGCUGGGUUUGAUUUGCCUUCGGCGAUUUCAUGUGUUAUGCACUACGUUCACAUGUUUUAAUGUUUACACACUUAAUGGCAGAAUCUGUGGAACAGUGUCCCAUCAUUUUAAGCAGCAACCAAUGAUGAUUAAAGCUUUUUUAAGGGUUACACACAUCAAUAUCUCAAAUAUUAAAGAACUAUGUGCCUAUAUAUACAUUGCAGGUUCAUUUUGGAUGGCCUUACUGCAUUUCCACUUCUUUCUAAAGCACUCAUUAUAAUCGUGGGGGAAAUGAUCAGAUAUAUAUUUUGUUGAUUGUAUGAGGACUUUCUUGAUGUCUAAGCAGUUUGUUUGUUAGGUUAUAUAGUUAGGAGAGUUUUCAGGUGGAGGUUAUGAUUGUAUAUAGACCAUUUUAGGUGUAUCUGAAAUUAUACCCAUGUCUAUAAAUAUAUGUAGAUGCAAAAAUUAUUAGAUUAUAUGAUUUUGCAUUAAGCCCUCACAAUGGCCACUGUUCCAUACAGAUUCAGGUUUGUUUUCGUGGAUAUGGUUUGUUAAUAUAAUGGCCUUUUUGUUUGUCUUUCUUGGUCUUUUUUGGCUCUUUAUAAUCAGCAUUUUUAGCUUAUACACUACUGGUCAAAUGUUUGGAAGAAUUAAGAUUUUUUUUUUUAUGUUUUUGAAAGAAGUCUCUCCUGCUUCUUAUUUCAUCAAAACACAAACAUAUGAAG